GGUAUGACAAGCUCAAACCUUUUGGGUUCCCCAUCCACGGGGCAAUUGAUGGAUACAGUAGGAAGAUUCUUUGGUUAGAGGUUGCCAGAUCAAACAACAAGCCAGAAAUCCCAGCGAGGUUUUUCUGUGAGUGUGUACAGAGCCAAUCUUGUUGUCCUGUUCUUCUCAGAACUGACUGUGGUACAGAAAAUGGUACAAUGGCUGCUAUGCAAUGUUAUUUAAGACAAGAGGGAAACGACGAGUUUGCUGGGGAAAAAGCACACAAGUAUGGUUCUUCUCCAAGCAACCAACGCAUUGAAUGUUGGUGGUCAUCCUUCAGACGUGGGAGAUCAUCCUGGUGGAUUGACAUGUUCAAAGACAUGUCCAACCGUGGAAUAUUAGAUCUGGGGAACAUACUUCAUAUGGAGUGCCUUUGGUUCUGCUUCCAUGGAGUACUUCAGAAAGACCUGGACAAUGUCCGGCUUCAUUGGAAUACUCACAGAAUCAGGCCCUCUAGGUAUGGUACAGUUCCUGGAAUACCAGAUGUAUUAUACCAUUUGCCAGAACGUUCUCAAGGUCAAGAAUGUAAAAUUGCAAUUUCGAGGGAAAAAAUCCAAGAAGCAUCUCGACAAAUUGAGGAUUAUGAUGGUGAAGAAGCACAUGAUAGUGACUACCAGGAAUAUUUUCAUUAUGUAAUAGAAAAUGAGGGCUUAUUAUAUCCUGACACUCAUAGUCAGGCAUAUGACUUAUUUUUAAAUCUGAUAAGGAUUGCAGACAGUUAA